AAAAUCAUACUACAAAAACUAUAUUUGGAUGGUUGAAUGUGUUUGAGAUUCCCAUAGAAAAGUCGCGUUUGAGUAGAAACAAAGUCGCAGAUAAUUGGACCAACUCUACCUCCUUAUCUACUGGAAAUCACAGCUGCAGCUGCUCCCAAUCCCAGCAACGAUGGCUUCUUCUUCAGCUUCUCCACCGUCGUGUGCUCUCAUGCUAUCGAAGCCACCCCGCCACUCGUCCUUCACCUCUCUAUCCGCCUUCACUUCCAUCAAAAUUAGAAGCCCGCAGGCGGCGGGAAGAGCGAGGACGACGCUCUCCGCCGUGAAAGCCGAGUUCGACCUUGCUUUCUUCGAGAGAGACUUGGAAGGGAGCGACGCGCCGCCGACGACGCCGGGCUUCCCCGAGGUGGAGGACAAGGAGGAGCCCCAGUGCCCGCCUGGCCUCCGCAAGUACGAAACCAUGGUCGUCCUGCGCCCCGAUAUGUCCGAGGACGAACGCCUCACAUUCACCCAGAAAUAUGAAGAGUUGCUGGUAGCUGGUGGUGGGAUGUAUGUGGAGGUGUUCAACAGAGGCGUGAUUCCGCUUGCUUACAGCAUCAAGAAGAAGAACAAGGCCGGAGAGACCAACACGUACAUGGAUGGCAUCUAUCUUCUCUUCACCUACUUCACCAACCCUCAGUCGAUGACACUUCUCUCAGACACACUGCUUGCCGAUGAUGAUGUUGUCCGCUCAUCCAGUUUCAAGAUCAGGAAAAGGAAGCUCUUUUAGGUGUUGUUGUUUAUGCUGCUUCCCGUUAACCCUAGCAGAGUUCAGUUUCCCGAGCUAGAGCGAUUCAUGUUGGAUUCUUUAAUUGGGAGGUAAAUGCCACAUCCAUCUUCUUCUAUCCUACUUUUGGAAACUUGUUUUGCAUUAGUGUUCUACUGCAUAGUGAUGUUCACUUGUAAAUGGUGUGGAUUAGUUGUCCUACCCUGCAUAUGUUAUGAAUAAGUAUGCCUUUUUUUGGUUACUGUACCCUUGAGGGCGCGUUUGAUGAGAAAAUAUUAUCUUUUUCUUCCUUUUUA